AUGACAUCCUCAGCUUAUCGUGCCGUUAAUCACAAGAAGAAAGGUCAUCGCCUGUCUGGAGUUCCUGACCUGUCAGGUGGAUAUGCCGGCGCAAAUUACUACCCAGGAGAGGGCGCAAUUACCGCUGAACGACUACACAAUCCAUCUCUCUCCCCAGACCUGCGUCGUCUACAUCCUGAGCCCAAUGUGCCACUGAGUCAGGGUUUCGGAGGGAUUACUAGCGGAACCGUACAAAGGCCGCGAACAGCCAGGGCACCAAAGCGCAGCAGUGGGCAGGACCCUUUUGGUGGCUCCCUUGUGGAUGAAUUUCGCAGUCCAAUCACAAAUCCCGCUGUUCAUCCGAAGCAUUCAGUAUCCACACCGAAACAAUUUUCCACAGGAAUUUAUCAGCAGAGACGUUCAGCCUCAACCACCAUGCUUCCCACGGGAACACCCUGGGAACAACGUUUUGUGGCCCUACACGACUACACUGCCCGCGUAGAGGACGACCUCAGUAUGACGAAGGGUCAACAAUUUUGCAUACUCGAUCGUUCUCAGGGCUACUGGUGGUACGCAAAAUGCAUCUCUACUGGUCUGAUGGGUUAUGUGCCAUAUAACUACCUCGCUCCUCUAACCAGCCUGGAGUCAAAUGAGUGA